CACUGUUCAAAUAGUCUCCCCAGCCUCCAGACACCUGUGCCGAGGAGGAAGGCAGGGCAGGCGGCAGCCUGGGCACAGGCCCCUAGGUGCUUACUCCUCACCUGUUUCCCACCUCACCCCCAUAGCCAGCCCCACGGCCCUGGCAGGGUCCUAGCCACAGCAUGCCCAGUGCUGGGCUCUGCAGCUGCUGGGGUGGCCGGGUGCUGCCCCUGCUGCUGGCCUAUGUCUGCUACCUGCUGCUCGGUGCCACUAUCUUCCAGCUGCUAGAAAGGCAGGCAGAGGCUCAGUCCAGGGACCAGUUUCAGUUGGAGAAGCUGCGCUUCCUGGAGAAUUACACCUGCCUGGACCAGUGGGCCAUGGAGCAGUUUGUGCAGGUCAUCAUGGAAGCCUGGGUGAAAGGUGUGAACCCCAAAGGCAACUCCACCAACCCCAGCAACUGGGACUUUGGCAGCAGUUUCUUCUUCGCAGGCACAGUCGUCACUACCAUAGGAUAUGGGAACCUGGCACCCAGCACAGAGGCAGGUCAGGUCUUCUGUGUCUUCUAUGCCCUGUUGGGCAUCCCGCUUAACGUGAUCUUCCUCAACCACCUGGGCACAGGGCUGCGUGCCCAUCUGGCCACCAUUGAGAGAUGGGAGGACCGGCCCAGGCGCUCCCAGGUACUGCAAGUCCUGGGCCUGGCUCUGUUCCUGACCCUGGGGACGCUGGUCAUUCUCAUCUUCCCACCCAUGGUCUUCAGCCAUGUGGAGGGCUGGAGCUUCAGCGAGGGUUUCUACUUUGCUUUCAUCACUCUCAGCACCAUUGGCUUCGGGGACUAUGUUGUUGGCCACCCCCUUAACUUCAUCACUCCCUCUGGGCUCCUGCCUUCUCAAGAGCCUUUCCAAACACCCCAUGGGAAGCCAGAGAGCCAGCAGAUCCCAGGAUCCUUCCAGAAAGUGAGCUCCAUGAACGUCUGGCCUCUCUCAGGAAUGCAUUCUCCAGGUCUGGCCUUUCCCCUGCCAGAUUGCAACAUCCCUGACCAGGAGAGAUUUAGACCACUCCAUCCCGGGGCCUGGAAAUUUUGGCCUUUGCCUCUCCCAUCAUCCAACAGCAAGUGGGCUCCUAUGUGGCUGGGUUCAUCUGCACAGGUCUGAGGCAAGGCUGUGGAGCCAAGGCGGCUCCAGGCAGGAGACCCAGGAGAGGCUCUACAGCAGCAAGAGGAGUCCAAGUCACACCCCAGGACUUCCCCAUAUCCAAGAAAGGACUGGGAAGCUGAGGACCCACGGACUCUUCACACAGCCUAGACGCUUCCUCCACUCCAGGUAGAGGGAUUUCGGGGGCCUUCUCAGAAGCAAGGAGUGGACAAGCCUCUUGGUUAAGGCUCCUCUUACCUCCUCCCAAGCUCAUGGACAAGUGGCAAUCAGCUGGGGUCCCUCUUUUGGGGUACAAAGGAAAGGACAGAGGUGUGGGAGACCCAAGGUGGUCUUGAGAUUGACAGACAGCAAGUCCUUGGAGAUAGCCCCCAAGUCCAAGAACUUAGGCAGGGGCCCCAAGACUUUAUUGGUCUCUACUAUCUCCUA